AUGGCGACAAGUCGAUAUAUGCAUAUUUGUUUACUACUGUCUGUAAUUGUUGUAGGUUUAAUCCCUAUAAUUCAUGGUAGUUCUGAUGAACAAGAAACGAAUGUUUCUCGUAUUGUUGGACAACGUGCGACUUGCCCUGAUUCAACCAUGUGUGCAUCACAAUGGGGCUAUUGUGGACACGGAGAAUCAUAUUGUGGUACCGGCUGUACAUCAGGCCCUUGUUCGAGUGGUAAUAGUGGUGGAAGUCCUAUCAUAGUGAACCCAAGUUCUGUGUGCCCCGAGUCUACUAUGUGUAUGUCAAAGUGGGAUUAUUGUGGAACUGGAGAAGCAUUCUGUGGCGAUGGUUGUAAAGGAGGACCUUGUUGGGGUGGUAAUAACGGCGGAGGUGGGGGAAACGGUAAUAAUGGCAACACUGAUGAUGGUUCUAUUAUUACGGAACAAAGUUUUUCGUGUGUAUUCAAUACCAUUGAUGCUGGAACGAGAUUCAGCCGACUCACGGGUCUUAGAAAUUCAGGUUGGAAACCAUCAAACAAGGAGGAAGCUGCUGUUUUUCUUGCUCACGUAUUUCACGAGACAGAUGGUCUGAAAACAAUCAGAGAAUAUUGUGCUCCGGGUUGUGGCUCUCAUUAUGCUGGAUCAUGGUGUGAUAUUCAGAGUGUACCCAACAAACUUUACUAUGGACGUGGCUGGUUUCAAUUAUCUUGGCCGUGUAACUAUCAUGCAGCUGGACGAGCUUUAGGUGUAGAUCUUCUUAACAAUCCGGAUUUGGUCGAACAACAACAAGAUUUAGCAGUGAAAACUGCAAUUUGGUUUUAUAAUGCAAAUAAUAUGGCUGGACCCGCUAAACAAGGUGACUUCGCAGCUACGACUCGAAUCAUCAACGGCGCAUUGGAAUGCAAUGGAGGACCAGGAUUUAGCAAUCAAAUGGCUCGAGUAGGAACAUACAGACGAGUUCGUCAAUGCUUUAGCCUUGGAGAGCCUAAUAGAAAUCCAGUAUGCUAA